CUUCAAAACAGACGAUGUGGUUUAAAAAUAAUACCGAUCGAGGGUGCCACUGAAAUCAACGGAGAAAUGCAAAAAACAUUUAAACAAAUUUUGCCUGAAAUAAUUAUUUCAAAAAAGAUGGGCAGUCUUCGAAACGGAAAAACCAACAUUACGAGUGGAUUUGCAAAUUUAAAUAAGGUAAAAAUAGUCAGUGGUAAAUACCCCCAACAUUUGAUAAUGCUUUGGGAACGAUACGACCAUAAAAAUAAAUCCGAAAAUGAACAUCCCCAAAUUUUUAGAGAUGAUCAACUUUUUCUAGUUUUAGAAAUGAAUUAUGCUGGAUCGGAUAUAUCGAAUUAUACGUUUAAAAAUGCGGAGCAGUCGUAUAAUGUUUUAUUACAGGUGAUAAUAACUUUGGCAAUUGGCGAGGAAGUAUAUGAGUUCGAACACAGAGAUCUUCAUUGGGGCAAUAUAUUAAUUGAAAAAACCAACAAAAAACGUAUUUUAUACAAAUUUAACGGCGAGAAAUUAGCUGUUUGUUCAAAAGGAGUAAUCGUUACUAUUAUUGAUUACACCUUAUCAAGAGUUACUAUAGAUGAAUGUUGCCAUUUUAAUGAUCUCUCAACUGAUGAGGAACUUUUUACUGCAACUGGUGACUACCAAUAUGACAUUUACAGGAUGAUGCGAAAAGAACUGGGAAACAACUGGUCAUCUUUCGCUCCAAAAACAAAUGUGCUGUGGCUAUCAUAUUUAAUUUCGAAAUUACAAGGAAAGGUCAAGUACGAAAGUGAACACACUAGAACACACAAAAUAAAUUUACAGAAGCUUAAGGAUUUGCAUAAUACUAUAUUGUCGUAUAAAAGUGCUGCUGAUUGUUUAAGAUGUUUGUUCAAAUUAUCAUAAAAUAAGUUUAAAAAAAUGUCUGAGGCACGUAGUUCAACAUUUUAUUCAUAAAGAUUUAUAUUAUUUUAAUUUAAAUAUAAAUUGAAUAAUACAAUAAUUUUCUUAAGGUUAAAAAGUAUUAAUUAUUUGAUAAAUACCAGGAUGAAUACCAUUUCUCUUCUAUCUUCGUAGAAUCUCUUCCAUUCGUUCGUCUACUCGACCGAGUAGGAUGGAAGACGUCGGGGAGAUCAAAAUCUGAGCUAAAAAUCUAAUAAAUCGAUCGGCUUGAACAUCAGCUACUUAAAAAUAAUCUCUGACUUCAAUAAAUUCUCAAAAAGAUUAUUAACUUUAUUUAUGUUAAAGCCACUAGAUGAACUGAAUGUUACUUAUUUGUGAAAAUUUUUGUAAUAAUUGAUUUCUUGGCAUCCCGCCAGUAUAAGACGCCUAACAAUCUUGCUUCAAACCUAACCCUGGUUUUAGAUAAAACACGCCUACAACCAGCCCAGGUGAAUUAUAUUUGAGGCACUUAAUUAAGGUCAUACUUUGAAGUUUUUAUAACUCGAAAGGAGAAGAUUAAAUUGUACAGAUGUCCUUACAAUGAUGGUUUGCCCAAGGAAAGGUCCAUGUCUCUUUCGUUGUGUUUGAAAGUUCUUUAUUGAAUAAUUAAUUCAUUCUUGUAUCUAUGGGCAUUUACUCAUAUAGCCAAAUAAUGCACGCUUCCGCCGGCAGAGACGCUGCUGAAUACCAGGUCGUCAUUAUAUAUUUUACACGUAAUUGUACACACGCAUUAGUAUAUGCAAGAUAAUUUAUGUGUAUGUGAGUUAGAAGGUGUGAUGCAUCCAUAUCGCUCUCGCGCCUACUAGAUAUGCCGACUAAGCAUAUAGUGAUUCACACUCGAAUUCUUGUGUGAUCAAUUUGCUACACAUUUAAUAUAGGAACACAUAUAUGAAUUAUUUACGAAUAUAUAUGUAAGUAUACAUUUCAGUACAUAUUCGAUGCAUGCUACAUCUCCCUCCUUUUGAAACAUAACGUAAUAUUGUGAAGUUAUUUUGAUUAUUAUAUAUUUAAUGUUGUAUAUUGAGUGUGGUAUAUUGUAUUAAGAUAUCUAUAUUUCUGUGUAUUAAUUUAGCUUCAAUUUAUGAAAAGAAUAUGCUUUUUGUAUGCGGAUACCCAUCAAAAUAUAUUUAUUAUGUUAU